GGAGCUGCCUCGACCAGGCUUCCCCAAGACAUGCUGUACCGUCCAGGACAUCCCCCUCAUCAGGUCUGCUGUUGCACCUCUCCUCCUUGCUACACUUCAUAUCUUUUGUUUCUGCAGAAGACAAAAGCUAUUUUGUGUCAGCGAAAGCCCUGAGGCAUGAAUUAGCACCUUGUUAUGUUGUGGCUCUGUGACAGUCAUUAACCCACGCUUUGCAUAAAUUGCAUUUGUUUAAUCUGCAGAUACGCCUCUAACCAUGGACAAGUACAAAAGCACUCUUGUAAAAAGCGUCAAGAGACUCUGAGGCUUUUUUACUGCGUAUAUGUCUGCGUUUCCUUAUCUAAAUUUCAGAUUUAUGUCCGAAACAGUCACUCUUACAUGCUUUUACAUUUUUAAACCAGGAAGGGUAACUCUGACAUCUGGCAUUGUUGCCACCUUAUUGGCGCAAUCUAGAUGUGAAGGAGCAGUCUGUCUUUGUAGAAAUCCACACAGUCAUAAACAGUGGAAAACUAAGUAUAGUCUGAACGCAGUGAUAAACAUGUAUUUGGUUACAAAUUAUUCUCUUGUCUGUAAUUUUGAAACCUGUUUUGUCUUCAUGCUUCACAGUAAAUGUGGCUCCUACCCUCCUGAAAGCUGCCUGUUCAGCCUGAUCGGCAACGUCGGGGCCUUCAUGGUGGUGAUGGUGUGCCUUCUGCGCUACGCACAGGUGAUUGAACACAGCCACCGAUGUUGGGUCAACACCAGCGCUCUGGUGUCCGGCUGCACCAAUGCCAUCGGUCUGGUCAUGGUGGGAAACUUCCAGGUGGAUCACGCCAAAUCUCUUCACUAUGUGGGUGCCGGUGUUGCGUUUCCAGCAGGGUUGCUGUUUGUGUGCCUGCAGUGUGUGCUCACCUACCGGGUGGCUGUGACUGCCCUUGACUACUGGAUGGCCCAUUUCCGGGUGGCUCUGGCACUGGGAGCCAUGGUCUCCCUGGUCCUCAGCGGCAUCUUCUUCAUCCACGAGAGCUUCAUCCUGCAGCACGCUGCAGCCAUCUGCGAGUGGGUCUUCACCGUAGACAUCCUGGUCUUUUAUGGCACCUUCACCUACGAGUUCGGCACCGUCACCAGUGAGACCAUGAUGGCAGGCCUGCAGCAGAGCCACCACCACGGCUCAGGGGUUAUCAUGGGCCCCAGGGCCCGGGGCUCGACGCUAGGCGGGGCAACUAAGGGCCUCAAGUCCCCCGGGGGAAGCAGCACAUCCACACAUCUCAAUUGUACCCCAGAGAGCAUAGCCAUGUUGUAGCUCUGCAUCGCGGCCCAAAGGUCUGAAAUGUCACUGCAGAGGUGCUUCAUGGGCUCCCACAGGAAGGCAGGAUGGCGGCAUGUGGAGGAAGAGAGUGAAUUGUGAUAUCUGUAACUUUUGAACCAACACCAGGUAAUUCCAUCUGUAACACUCUUUUUUAAUUCCCAACAUCAGUGCAAGCUACUCCAGUUACAUUUUCAGUAGCAAUGUUGAAAAGAGGGUCGAAUUUGUGGAGCCACCAUGAAUGUUUUCCAAGAUGGCUGUUGAUCCAGGCAGUUCUGCAUAAGAGUGUUUUCCAAAAGAACUCUGCACUACUGGUGUCUGUGUGGAAAGAGUUACUUAAACCCACAAAGUUUUUCUCCUCCCCAGACUCUCCCACCCACUGCUUUGCUCGGCCCACCUGUUUUUGGCCUUUUGCUUUUCUCUGCACGGCACACUUUUUGAAUGAAAGAACAGUUUAUGUUGGAUUUUUUGAGUUUGCGUAGUGUGUAGAAAACACUGAAUGUUUGAGAGGUGAAUAGUUUUGUGCGUUUUACAGACUGAAAGCAUACAGUCUUCGUUCAAUCAAGCAUAAAUUACGUAGAAAUUACCGACAAAAAUCAUGAAUUUCGCCCGACAGUUUUAUUUGUUUGCACUGAUCAUUUGAAUGCAAAUGCUGAUGGUAUUUUUUAAUUAUUUUACAAAAUAUGUAUACGUGUAUCUUGAGCCACUGUCAUUUUUGAGAUCAUAAUUCAUAUUCAAAAAACACAAAACAGAUGGUCUCCUCUGACGCAAUCACUUUUAGCUAAGAAUCAAGUCAUCUCCCUCGCUGUCCUGUUACUGUCCCACAUGUUGCAUGGUCAGAUGAUUUAUUUGUACAUUUACAUUUCAUGCUACCUUUUUAUUUUGCUGAUGUCAUGUCAAAUGCAAUAAUUGCCAUCAAUCGUCUGAUAAUUUACACUCCACUGGAGUGAACAAUGCCUUUUUCAGUGUGUUGGAGUUGAACACAGGGCUCUUUUUGUUUCAAAACAUUUGAAGUGACCUAUUGUUGGGGAAAAAGAAAAAAAAGAAGUGUGUGUGUGAAGGUAAGACUAAUUCGACUAACACAUUUUCAGAAUAACAUAGUUGUUCACACACUGGUUUGAUUCCAGGCUGGACCCUUGGAAGCCUUAUUUGAGUUUAGCUUUUCUGUUAAGUAUCAAAAGGUGUGAAGCCUUCUCAGUACUUUUGUUCACAGGAGAGGUGAAUAUGAUGCCUGUAGAUCUCACAGUGGUGUCAAAACAGUGCUGCAACCAGACAAUACCGUGCAGGUUGUAAACUGAUGUAAAAGUGACUCAUUUAUUGAGGUAUGAUUUCUUGUUGCCAUUUUCUCUCCAGACUGCCACAAACCCACAAACUGCAGCUGACUAAUGCCACCCAAUUUAGGUUCAGAUUAAGCCUUUUGUUUAAUGAGUGAGGUAUGUUUCAUAACGCACACAUACGCACAGUAUUCUGCCCUCUGCAUAGUGUUGAUAUAUUUUAACCUGUCUAAAACACUGGAUGCCAGCAAUACACAUUUUUUUAAAAAGGUCACAUCACCUACCUCUUUUAUCUUUUUGUGGGUUUGAUGUUGUUUAAAGGUGAAAACUACAGUUCCAAAAUGUUGUCCAUCUCAGUGGUUUGAGGUUCUAUUUAACGUGACGAGGGAUCAGCAGUCCACUGCCCAGUCCACGUCUUUACAAGCGUCAGCAUUUGGCAGGGCAGUGGACGUGCUGUUACACAAGAUGCAUUAAUCACGUGUCAGUUUUCUUUAUUUUCUGUGCAAAUGACUAAACUCCUCAUUGUUUCUGGGACUGCAGCUAUAUUGUUUUUUUUUUUCUGCAAAUAUUGCCAAAAAAGACUGGAAUCCACUGAUUGGUUUUACUGGGUGUCAGCAGUAGGUGUAUGAAUCGGUAUGAGUGUAUUGUUUUAGCCUUAUCCCUCGUACUGUGCCAGGGGAACAUUGUUCAGAUCGUUUUUUUGUUUUAAAUCCUGAGUUCAGCUGUAGCCUGUUUCACCAUACUGUAACCAGGUCACAAGGUGUGACUCCAAAUGGCAGCUUGUAUGAGCCCUCACAUCAGGGUUAGGUUUAUUCAGAAACAGCAUCUAUACCAUAACACUAUCUUCAACAGGCCAAAUAUUCAAUACAAAGAUGGAUUUUCUAACCGUGUUUUGUUUUUUCUUUUGUCAAAAUGUGCACUUCAGUAAACUGUCAAAUGGUUUGUUUGUUUGUUUGUGGGAGAACCCUGUAUGACAAAAGGCUGCCUGACCUGUACAUGUCUUGAACUCUAGCAACACAGAAACAAAUGUCUAUAAACUGUACUGGUCCUAUUUCCUUUGAAUCUGAAAAAUAUGUAAAAGAAUGCUAACGGAGGAGUCCGAGAAAUUCCUGAAAACAAGUCGACACCAAUUAUUUUGUUUCCUUUUAUAAAUUCUGUAAAUAUGUAUGAUUUGUCUAUCAUUUAGGUAUUUUCAUUUGACAGAGAUUUAUAUUCAAAUAUGAAAUAAAAAUGAUAAAUUAUUA